ACUUUCUCCACCGCUUAGACUUCGCGGGUUGUCCAAGGAGAUACCCCAUGUUUUUUAUAACUCUUAUUUGAAAUCUUUUGAACCAGAAAACGACUCCGUUUUGACUCUUCGAGGGAGAAUGGGGAACAGAAGGUUUGCUCAGGUUUCCACUAGUGACGAAGAAGACAACGAUGUUCCGGCGCGCCGGCAACGGUCGACUUCGUCGGAGGACAAACAGUUGAAGACGAGGAAGAGGAAGAAGAAAGAGGACUACGACGAGGAAGAGGAGGAGGAAGAAGAAGAGGAGGAAGAGGAAGAAGAAGACGAAGAAGAGGAAGACGAAGAGGAGGAAGAGGAAGAAGAAGAAGAAGAGGAGAAGAGUAAGAAGAAGAAGAGGAAGAAAAAUAAUACGCCGACGAAGAAAAAGAAGAAGGAGGAAGAGGCUUCGCCGCCGAGCGAGGAAGAAGAAGAACAAGUGGCUGAAGAUGCUAAACCGAUUGGGGAUUCGAUUAAGACUACUGGAAAAGGAAGGAGUAAGAAGAACCAUUACGAAGCGUUCGAGUACGACGGCAAUCAGUAUGAUCUCGAGGAUCCUGUACUCAUAGUUCCGGAGACUAGGUUUCAAAAGCCCUAUGUGGCAAUUAUUAAGGAUAUUGCUCAGGACAAAGAUGGCAGUAUAAUGGUCACUGGACAAUGGUUUUAUCGUCCUGAGGAGGCAGAGAAAAAAGGUGGUGGAAAUUGGCAAUCAAAUGACACUAGAGAGCUGUUUUACAGUUUUCACCGUGAUGACGUUCCAGCAGAAUCCAUAAUGCACAAGUGUGUGGUUCAUUUUGUUCCAUUACACAAGCAGCUUCCUAACCGGAAACAGUAUCCAGGAUUUUUUGUGAGAAAAGUGUAUGAUGCUGUUGAGAAAAAACUUUGGAAGCUAACCGAUAAGGACUACGAGGACAAAAAGCAGCAUGAAAUUGAUCUACUGGUUGAGAAAACUAUGAAGCGAUUGGUAGAUCUCCCUGACAUUGAGCCUGAAGACAGCAGUGUGGAUCAGGAAGAUCAUUUAAAGUCCAAAAGAAGUCUCCGGAGAAAGGCCAUUUCUCCAAUUGAUGUAUCUAGAGGAGAAGAAGAUGUAACAAGGCCUGAUCAAACUUCGAAAUAUGAUACGCAUACGCCGGGAAGCUGUUCCAGUAAAGCCUCAGAAUAUUACAACAUUUUGGUGAAUUUCAAUGUACUACCUGGUGAAACCCAGCGUGAUAAAUGGUUGGAGAAGCUUCUUGAGAGUGUUCAGCAUGUCUGCGUUUCUGCUGAAGACAGUAAGGAUGAUAAAGACAAGGCUGGUGCUGAUGGAAGUAACCAUGAUGGUGAUAUUAUGCGUCCAAAAGCUGCAAACGAAUCUCAAGAAAAGAGUCUGAAGACUGGCAACAGGACCCUUAUCUGGCCAGAUGACGCUGUUCCAGCAGUUGCUGCUCUUGAGAAGGCUGCACAUGACUCUUUUUCUCUCGAUUUUCGGAAGUAUAAUCAAAAAUUAAGGCACUUAAAUUCAAAUUUGAAGAUCAAUGGGCCACUUGCCAGGCGUUUUUUAAAUAAAGAAUUAGAUCCUGUGAAACUACUGAAUAUGUCACCCAAUGAAGUAAAGGAGGGUUUAACUGCUGAGGAGAUGACCAAAACGGAACCAGACGAGUUAGAAAGAAUGCAGAUGACUCAAGCUCGUUGCUCAAGAUGUUCAGAGUUCAAAGUUGGUGUGAGGGAUAUCAUCAAAGCUGGACACGGAGAGCGUUAUCAGUUGGAGUGCAUUGGUUGUGGUCAUUCAUGGUAUGCAUCUCGGGAUGAUGCGGCAGCCCUGACAAUUGACUCUACAAGCAAUGCAAAAAAUGUGGGCACAGCUCCAUUGGCUACUGCCAAAUUUGAAAACAUCGAAAAGAAGAUGGUAAGCCCCCGGGAGUCUGACAAGGAAAAGAAGAUGGUAAGCCCUCGGGAAUCUGACAAGGAAAAGAAGAUGGUAAGCCCCCGGGAAUCUGACAAGGAAAAGAAGAUGGUAAGCCAUCGGGAAUCUGACAAGGCAGCCACAGCAAACCUAGGGUUGAAGAAAACAAGCGAAGCCCAGGUGCCCGUGUUGGAAAUACAGAGAUCGUUUGGUAAGACUAGAAAGGAGGGAAGUCCGGCCCCAAAAACUGCUACAAAUAAGGCUGAGUAGGAAUUGGCUAUUGAAGUUUUGGUACAUCUGACGUGUUAGUGCAGUAUGAAAUUGCUUUUGUUUGUAUAGUUUUGUUAGAUCUAAUUUGGCUGGGUGUUGUGCAUAUUGAGCCUUAGGAUUACUAAUUCAAAAAAAAUAAACAGAAGCUUAGGAUAGAAGUUGCAGGGUACUUUGUCUUAUUAUCACUUGAUAGAAUAUUAUACGAAACUAGUCACUUAAAUUAAAUAUAUUUACAUGGGAACAAAUUAAGAAAAAAAAACUAUAUAAAAAAAUCAUAUAAUUGAAUAACGAUUGACACUCA